UAGAGUGGGCGGCACGUGGAUGUUUAAGGAGCGAAUCAUCUGAGCAUCAGCUGGGCUUCCAUCCGCAGCGCUAUCUUGUGCCUUGUGGUCUCGUCUCAGUCGUGCGGGUGGCGGGCGCGGCGCGGGAUGUCACUCUUGCCUAUGACAGGAUGGAGCAAAGGCCGCAGGAUGUUUGCUAUCUCUCAGUCUCGCUUUGGACCGCACCUGUCACACCACCAGUCCGCCGCCGCCUCGCCUCCCACACCCUCCAGCCCGCGUCUCGCCACUCACACAGCCAUCACUCGUGCCUCUGGGAUGCCCACGGCUGGCCAGAGGGCAGAAGACAUGUCAUCGUCCACGUCCCCGUACAUGAGUCCCCUGCCCAGCCCGAGGUCACCCAACAGCCCCGUCAGCCCCGGGCGGUGUGUCAAGGUCAAGAAAAAUCCGUUCAGUAAUCCAGACAUGCCGGGAUAUGUUGGAUUUGCAAACCUGCCAAACCAAAUCCACCGGAAGUCUGUGAAGAGAGGCUUUGAGUUCACUCUUAUGGUUGUGGGUGAAAGUGGGCUUGGCAAAUCCACACUCAUCAACACCCUCUUCCUGACUGACCUCUACCCAGACAGAGUGGUUGCCUCUGCUCAAGAAAACAUCGAAAAAACCGUGAAGAUUGAUGUGUCAACGGUGGAGAUUGAGGAGCGAGGCGUGAAGGUGCGGCUGACGGUGGUGGACACUCCAGGGUAUGGGGAUGCAAUCGACAACACAGAUUGCUUCCAGUCUAUUAUCCAAUACAUCAACGACCAGUUUGAGCGCUACCUUCAGGAUGAGUCUGGCCUCAAUCGUCGCCAUAUUGUUGACAACAGAGUCCACUGCUGCUUCUACUUCAUCAAUCCUGCUGGCCAUGGAUUGAAGCCGUUGGACAUCCAGUUCAUGAAGCAACUCCAUAAUAAGGUGAACAUUGUGCCUGUGCUGGCCAAGGCGGACACUCUCACCAAGCAAGAGGUGGCCAAGCUCAAACGCAAGGUCUUGGAUGAAAUUGAAGAAAACGGGAUUCACAUCUAUCCUUUACCAGACUGUGACACUGAUGAGGAGGAAGAUUACAAGGAACAGGUUAAGCAACUGAAGGAAGCAGUGCCAUUUGCUGUGGUGGGCUCAACAACUGUGCUGGACGUGGGAGGCAAGAAGGUGCGAGGGCGGCAGUACCCCUGGGGCGUCAUUGAAGUGGAGAAUCCAAGUCACUGUGAUUUUAUCAAGUUACGAUGUUUACUUGGAACCCACAUGCAGGACCUGACUGAAGUAACUCAGGAUGUUCACUAUGAAAACUACCGGUCAGAGAGGCUGGCCAAGGGUGGUGCUGCUCCUCCCAUGUCCUCCUCCUCCUCUACCACCAACACUUUGGCUGCCAACAAUGCACAACCAAAUGGAAAUGGUGUAUCAUCAUCCAGCAAACUCAUAAACUCGUCUUCAUCUAUUGGGCCAGAGAAAGACCGCAUGGCCAUUGAGCUGGAGGAGAAGGAAGCACAGAUCAGAAAGAUGCAGGAAAUGAUGGCCAGAAUGCAAGCCCAACUUCAAGAUAAGAAGUAAGGCAGCAUCUUGUUAGUGUAGCCAUUUUAACAGUACAAUAAAGUACUUAGCAUAAUUAAAGAAUGUGAAGAAGGAUGACAGGUACUUAGUCAAAAGUGUAAGUUUAAGAACUAGCUCCCAGACUUUGACUAUUGUAUUUUUAGACUCAGAUAGAACAAGUAGGAUGUAGUUGAGGCAACAGAAGAAGAACACUGUGUCUUUGUGAAAUAUUAACGAAAUACUCUUAAGGAAUAACAAGGAAAGUUACUGAAGAUGACUCAUUGAAAGUGGUAACUUCACGUUGCAUUUCCUUUUUAUAUACAAACUUUUUGAACGGUUAUCUAUCAUGAUUCUUUAGCCAUAGUACUGUUAUGAACCAGUUAUAGUCACAGUUAAACCUGCACCUCAUGAGUUUAAGUUGGGAGUCUUGUUUCCCCCACCAAAGACUUCACAGAGCCUUGCCAGAGUCCCACACCUGCUCAGUACUGCAUGAAUCAAGAGUGGCUCAAAUGGCUCUUAUGAUAAUGUACCAGUGGACCACUUUACUGGGAUCUGAUCAAUUUUGCCUUAAAUUUAGCACUCUGCAUUUUGAUGAGAUGCAUUUUUUAAGCACCAACCUUGUAAGUAUAGAAAAUUGAUUGAUGUAUCUUAUAAAUAUUUCCCUGAACUCAAAAACAGACCAGUGACAAUGAAUGUUAAUGCAAAAAAAAAUGUCUGAAAUGUGUAUUUGAAUUGUGUAGGAAACUCAAUUGAAAUAGUCUUAAAUUGUGUUUCAUUUAUGUACUUAGGAGUAUUGAUACAACGAUGAUGCUGUGUGUAAGUAUUGACAUCAUCUUAUUGGAGAGCAGCAUCAUGUAGAUCAUACCAUUAGACUAAGCCAUGAUUCACUGGGUAACACUUCUACACCAAGCCUCCAGUGCUGUGUCAUGCAAAGGACCUUGUUUGUGAGAGAAGUAAUGUCAAGAAAGCUUAAAGAGAGGUGAAUGAUUGCUUGACAUAUUUAAUUGUACCUUUUCACAGCCAUCUUGUGAGGUAUAUUGUCUGGGUAUUGGCUGGAUAAAGUUGUGGCUAGCAAUAGAAGCUGUAGUAAGUCCUUUGCUCAUCAUAUAAAGGCAGUUGAAGAGUGAAUACUGGCCUUGUGUUCCUCUAGCCUUACUUCACAAGCUCUAUAUCCAUCACACAGAGGCAGAUGAAGGAAGAGUGAACAUUACUUGUGUGUUCCUCUAACUUUACUUCAUGUGUUAGUUUUUGCAUUUGAAAAGUAUGGCCAGUUUGUUUUAAAGUAAUCUUGAACAGUUUUUCCAUGACUCCUCUCUCUUUUGAAUCUAUGUAGGAAGUAUUACAUUAGUAGCUUUGUUGGGAAAGCUACAUGACAGCUUUACUUUAUUGCAUAUCAACUUGAAGGUGGAUGAUUUAAUAUUAUAAAUGUUAACCAUAAUUUAAACUUAUUUUCUUCAGAAAUACAGAGCUAUAGCAGCAGAUGCAAAGUAAACCUGCCAAGUGUUUUGAUGUUUUACAAAUUCAUUCUUAAUCUUUGUUGCAAAUAUAUCCUGAGAAGUCUUUUUUUUUUAUUCUGUCCCUAGUGCUGCAUACUGUCUUCCAUAUUUGCAAAUCAGAUUUAAUGGACUGCUCCUCAAUCAAAUUUAAAAUGCAGGUCUACUGUUAAGUUGAUCAUCACUGCCAGAAUGAUUCUUUUUAUGUAGUUUUGUCUUUAUAGUGAUUACUGUGAUGUGAUUCUUUUCAAAUUUUGGGAGCCAGAGAUAAGUCUUUUUUAAGCAUUAAAUGUUAUGUUUACAAUGUAAGUGCAAGAAACCAAACACACUCAUUAUAAUAGAAGUUUUGCCUUUACUGCCUGUAAGGAGGAGGCAUUUAAAGUCAGGGCUUACAUCUUAUAUUGUUAGCAUGGAGUUUCCCUUGUAUAUAAUAUUAUUUGAUAUUGGCAGUUAUUAAAACUAACCCAGUAGUUAAUUCAUAUUGUAUUUGAAAUUAGAAUAUCUACCUAUGUAAAUUUCCAUAGAUUUUGUGUGUGAGCAACAAGAGAGCAAUUUAUUAACACUUACUUUCAUGAUCAACCAUCACAAACCAAAUGUUGAGCCUCUCAUGAGGGAGUGUCUCUCCUCAGUUUACCUCCUGAUUACAUGCCAAUAUUUGCAUGCCCAAUGUAUUAUGUACUAGAUAUAAUAUGCAAUUUUGAAUACCUUACAUUAUGCCAACAUUUUGUUUGCUUUAGCCUCCUGAUAAGUCAUUGCUCUCUUCUCCAAACCUUAUUUAGAUUGGGAGACAAAUCAGUGGACCUCGCACAGGUGAUAUUGAAGCGCACACACACACACACACACACACACACACACACACACACACACACACACACACACACACAUCUACCUGUUGUGAAAUUGAAGAGCAUCUUGCCAUGCUAAAUCAGUAUGUGUAAGCUAAGUGUGCCUUAAAAAUAAGAAUAGUAUAGAGUUCAUUGAUAUUAAGGUCAUUACAUUCUGCCUAAAUGUUAUUUUGGGAUUCAUUAAUUACUACUGUGUAGCUGUCCACUGAACGAAAAUAGUAUUAUCAGUAGUGAAGUAGUGUAUUUUGUUGUUUUUCCAUUGUUAUUUAUUUCCAAAAGUUUCUUCUCUAGUCUUCAGCUCUAGGAAGUUUAUUUAAUUAUAUAUUGUAGACAUUUACAUUUUUUUUUACUAUUUGUUUGCAUGGAUCAAUUUUUCAUAAGGGAAACAAAACCAGCUGGUGAUGGCAAUUGGAAUACAGUGUUAUGCCACAUUCCAUUUUUAUGUUUUACAUAACUUUUUUCCCAUUUAUAGUUAUCAGUUCAGAAAACUUGUGGUACUUUUUUAAUAUUUUUUGGUUUUCAAUAUGUGCCAUUAAGGUUAAGCUUUCAGGUGAAAUCAGUGUAUGCAAUAAAGUCAGUCUUUA